AUGCAGUCCGGAAUAUCAGUCUCCUCGGAAUUGCAAAAUGCUUUCCAAGCAUUCACUGCAGACGACUCGCAAUUCGCCCUGCCCGUGACGAUUACCUCCGAGAGUCUCCAGCCGAAACCUGCAAUUCCCUUCUCGGGCUCCUUCUACUCGUCCGUCCCCACGCUUCAGUCCGUCCUCGAGCCCAAAACGCCCAUUUUCCUGAUCAUUCGCCAUUCCCCCGGUACACUCGUGGCAUUGACCUACAUUCCAUCCAAUGCAGGAGUCAGAGCAAAGACUCUGUUCGCCGCAACGCGCUCAACGCUGGCCAGAGAAUUGGGGAGCGAGAAAUUCACUACCACGGUUUUCGCAACAGAGGAGGAAGAAAUAGUCGCCGAGCAAGCGUGGAGAGAGCGUGAUCUGGAAGGCAAUGGCUCUCCCCAGGCCGGGUAUGAGAGAGAGGAGCUGAUGGAUGACAAGGAAAGGGAAUUAGACGCCGUGCGACGCGCUGAAGAGGAAGCCAGGCAUGGCACUGCGGGCAGAGAUGUUGGUACUGGAGGGACAUUGGGCAGAGUCAGUGGGUAUGCUACAGGUGGUAGUGUCGACAUGCCUAUGCCUGUGGACGAGGACAUCAAGUCCUCUUUACGGUCUAUACAAGAUGGACAGCUAGUGCAGCUGUCUAUCGACGUCCGUUCCGAAACCGUCAAACUUGCCAGUGCCGAUUCAAGUGUCGCUCCCAGUGCUGUGGCUUCCAAGCUAUCGGAUUCCUCGCCGCGAUACAGCUUCUACCACUACCCCGGAUCCGAUGUGGUUGUGUUUAUAUACACUUGUCCCUCAAGCUCAAGUAUCAAGGAAAAAAUGCUCUAUGCGAGCACUCGACGAAUGGCGAUCAGACUGGGUGAACUAGAAGGGAUCAAAGUGGAUAAAAAGAUUGAGGGUUCCUCGCCAGAUGAAAUCACCGAAAGCAGACUGCAGGAAGAGGUCAGCCCUCCACAGGACGAGGCGGCACCGAAACGCGGAUUUGCCAGACCCAAGCGUCCGGGUCGGUAG